ACUCGUCGUUCUCUUGCCCGCACAUGAUUUGGGUAAACCCGUUCAUGGAAUCAGGAAGUAAUAAUUUGCAGCUGUUCCACUGGUGAGAAACGUUCCUGUACUGGGGCAGUCGAAGCUUUUGUUUUGUAUCCGCAAAUAUAGGCUAUUAGAGUUACACACUGGAAAAUAUAAUAUUCGUGGACGGGAGCCUAUCUUUUGGUGUAAGUCUUUUUAGUGUGCCUUUUUAUUCUCUGAAAGUACCCGGAAGACUUGAAUUUGACACCUUGGCUUAGGUAGGGUAAGUAGAAUGGAUGUUCCUCACCUGACAGAAGAUGAAAUGGCAGAUAUUAAAAAGGAGGUCCUAACGAGGCUGCGACCGUACCUCUGUGACAAGAUCCGGGUCGACCGCCAUUUUGACUACCUGCGCUCGCGCAAGAUCCUUACGCGGGACGACACAGAGGAGAUCAGCUGCAGGAGCACGCAGAGUAAACGGACAGGCAUGCUGCUGGACUACCUGGCUGAGAACCCUCGGGGGCUGGACGCCCUGGUCGAGUCCAUCCAGCAAGGACGUACCCUCAACUUCAUCAUCACCAAGAUCACUGAUGAGGUGCAGAAAGUGAAGAAUGAGAGGAUAGAGGCUCUCAGAGCAGGGGCAUCCAGUUCCUCCUCGGGCUUCCUGCCAACCCAGGACAUAUCCAGGGCCGCUAAAGACCUGUCCAGGACCCUGUCAUAUGAGACCAACCUGGCAUCCACCAUGCCGUACAACGGAGAAGGGAGCCCAUCCACCUCUGACGCCCUAAGAUCCCUCAACCUGCCCGCUGCCUCCAGCCAAGGGAAGGAGGUGUCAUCAUCCAUGGGAGGAGAUAGCAUGGUUGCGUCUUCAUCCCAGGCCUCGUCCAAACUGCCCAGGCCUGGAGACCCAGGAGCUCCUCACCUGCCACAGGAGGCCUUAUCUAACAUGGAUGCUGGACCACACAGGAGCACAGCGAUCAGCGGAGGGGACGCCAACUUCCAGCCCCUGAGGUCACGCUCCAUCCCCUCCACAUCAUACAGGGACCUCUCGCCUCGGCCCCCACCGAAAUCUUACUGAGGAUCGCCCCUUGCCCUGGAAUGUCUCCCACAUCAUUACUCAUCACAAACAUUCACACUUCAAUUUAAUUGUUUGUACCAGUUUGUGUUUUCUCAAGGGUUUUAGUUCAGUGAUACAUCAAACAAAUAGCAACUCGUAAAGUAUAUUCCAUGCCUUACAUUAUACUCUGGAUUAUUAGAAAGCUGGACGCGCUUAUUUCAAAUUCAAUGAAGAAACCAUACAACUAACUACUUACUAAUCAUGUCUCAAUCAUAAGCUGUACCUUCAUGAAUUUUACUCUGCUCCUAUCAAGUAGUCAUCUUUCAUAAGAUGCCCCUUACCCACAGAGAGACCGAUUGAGAUAGCUACACGUUAUCCUGAACUUGGACUAAAGUUGUAGGUCAUCAUUCUUCAUCAACACUACUGCUCAUCUAUUUUCCUAUGAAUUAUGGGUGUCUGAGUUCUUCAUGAGAGACUGGCAUCAACAUGCCACACCAUGAAUUAUGGGGGUGUGAGUUCUUCAUGAGAGACUGGCAUCAACAUGCCACACCAUGGCAGCUACAGUAGAGGUGUUUCCUUGUAAGGAGCCCAGAGCAUCAGAAGACAACUUCUCUUUAUUGACACAUAACACUGGAAUUAAUGGUUCAGCAUAUGCUUUAUGGUACACAAACUGUAGCCACAAACUUUGGUAGACCUAUGCUGAAAUGGUUAAUGUUUUUACUCUAGACUAAAGUAUUGUUAUACUAUAGAUACAUUUCUAUAAAUAAAUCAAAGGAAUAUGAGACACAGGA